ACCCUCCGAUGCCCGCUCGUUCUGCAUUCUGUAAGCCAUCUAAUUCCCAUCAAUAAAACCCGAUCCAAGCAACCGCUCCAAAUCCGACCAAUAUGAAGGCCACCAUCUUUUUUACCAUCGCCACCCUGUUCUCGACUUCCAUAGCAACAGCUAACGGUGGCGACUGUGUAACUAGCUGUCUCACGAAAGCCGACGAUGCCUCGGGCUGCAACAUGGAUGUGCAGUGUGCCUGCAACAGCCAGAAGUUCAAGGACACCGGUCUCAGCUGUGUCCAGUCCUGCGGCAUUAGCGACGAGGAAGCCAACUCUCAAAUUAAUAAGUACAGAUCCCAGUUCUGCAGCUAGAGGGCGAAGUCCGGGAUUACCUUGACGGUCCUGCGUCCCCAAGAGUGAACAGUUGCAGAGUUUAUGAAACUAAAUUCUACCAACACCAAUAUUCUUUGAGUAAAUAAAUAAUGCUUUAUCUCUUGAUGUAUAUGAAUUAAUACAUAUGUUAUUGUUUGUUGGCUGAAUAUUC